AUGCCUCGCAAUGCUAGCGCAACCCCCUCUUUGCGCAAGGGGCCCAACUGGUCCUCCCAUCUCCGUCAAUUCAGCCGGAGUAGUCUCGAGCCGCCAUCAGCGACAUCGUCCGUCGACUCGCCCCGAUCUCCCGAUACCGUCUCCAGCGCAUCGACCAUCCGCGGCGACAACUCGUCCAGCUCUGUCAAGCAGCGACGCCUCGAGCGGAGGUGCACAGUCACCGUCAACGAGGGAUACUCGCGCGACGAAGUGCUCCUGAGCCCGGACCUGGUCAAAGGCGACGUCAGGCCAGGUAGCCUGGUGGCUAUCACAGUAAUCAAGACUGAGGGCGAUAAGACAGCGACCAAGGACCAUGCGGCUCGCAGCGGGAACGCUGCCGGCGGCAGUGGCAUAGGAGCAGGCGCAUCGCAGGGAGACAAUGUGGCUGCGGAGGGCACGGCGCUGGGGAAGAAGUACUUCUUCGUCGCCAAGGAGAUGUCCAAGGAGCUCAGGAGUCGCCUGCCGAACGUAGAUAUCUACGUCGUCAAGCAUAUUGCUGACGCCUUUGGGAUGAAGAAGGGCACGUCGGUGCUCCUGACGCCCGUCGACGCAGAUAGCCCCGCGACGGCAGCCUCGCAUGUCGAGCUCACAUUCAAGGACCAGUACCUCUCGCGGUCCGACAUGUGGCGGCUUGCCAUCGGCGAGCUGACGGAAAGGACGGUGUAUAAAGGACAAUCGAUACUGUUUAUGGGCACGAUAAAGGCACAGGUCACGGCGGUGUUUGUGGACGGGCGCAAGACACAUUCGGCGUUCUUUACAAGGAACACGAGGCCCAUUUUCCGGAGCGAGUCGGCACGGUAUGUGCUGUUUAUACAGAUGGCGCGGGAGAUGUGGGACUUCGACUCGGAAGGGUCUGGCGAGAUCCUCUUCAACAAAGUCGUCAACGGUUUCCUACCGGCGCUGUUCAAGAAGUGGGCGAAACUAAAGGCGAAGCACCUCGUGAGCAUCGUGCUGUUUGCGAGAGUGGAGUAUGACACGGGCUUGACGACGGAGCUGGCGAGCAGCACGCUGCACGGAGACUACUACACGGGCGCCCAGAUCUCGGGCGAGCGCAGGCCGUACAAGGACUUUUACCGCGUCGUCGUGAGCGAGAUGGCGAGCGGCGAGUGGACGACGAUUCUUUACCAGCUGAAGCGCGAGUUCAACUUCUUCCGUAGGGACAUCAGCCUGCACCACCAACAGGCCGGCAGCGCGUUCGUGCCGCUGGCCGAGGAGACGGGCGGCAAGGGGAUCGCGUCCAACCGGGUCAAGGCCGAGUCGUCGCUGGCCAUGUACGGCAACUUCCUGGAGGCGAUCAACCUUGCGUCGUCGCAGUUUGCGCAUGACUACGUCGACCGCGACCUCAUGCGGACAGGCAUCUCCAUCGUCGUCAUCAGUCCCGGGCCCGGCGUGUUCGAGGUCGAGUACGAGUCCCUCCGCCGAACGACAGAGGCCCUUGUGGGGAACGGCAUCGGUAUCGACCUCAUCUGCGUGCCCAAGAUGCCCCUCCACUCCGUUCCUCUGUUCCGAUAUCAUAACCCGCAGACGUCGGAAGGCUCACAUGGCCUCUCGAGGACGAGGUCCGUACGGAGCCGCGAGAGCACGCCGAAGCAGCAGGCCACGCCCGUCAUCGGCAGCUACCAGUCGUUUUCGGAGUCGCUGUCUCCGACCAAGGGGCUGGAGCUCGCCCACCGCAUCGACACCCUGGCGAAUCCGCAGGACGAAUGGUCGUACGCGCUGCCACAGUGGCUGCACGUCUCGUACUGGACCGGGACGUCGGAGGAGGCGCUGUCAUAUCAAGGCAUCGCGCUCUCGGUGUCCGAGGGUAAGGAGGAGCAGGAUAGCGACGACUUUGCGAUCCGCGCGCGCAUGUACGACCUGCAGAUGCGGAGCGUCCUCGAGACCAACGAAAUCGAGACGACGCCGCUACAAGCCGACCCGCUGUUCCCCAUCACCACAACCGAGACCAAGAGCUCCACGCAGCGGUCGCGGUUGGGCGGGACGGACGAGAUUGCCGCGAUCCCUCUGAAGCGGCACCCGGACACGCUUGUCGACCAUGUUUAUGGGUUCCAGAGGUUCGUGCCCGACAGGCUCGUCAAGCCGGGCGAGAAGUCGCUAUGGAAGCAGCUGCAGGAGUAUGACGAGACGAGGGCGCGGUUGCCCAAGUCGCGGCGCCCCGCGCACGCUAGGGUAUCGCGGGACCUGGAGGAGACGACGAGGCGGCAGCUGAUGGAAGACACGGGACUGUUUGGCACAUCGCUGCCCGAGAAGAAGAUUGUGCCGAACCAGAGCCUCGCAGCCGUCGCUGCGGGUCGGAAGCUAUCGGUCAAUAUCGCCGACAGCGAGAAGGCCGAAAUCGUUGCCAGUGCACGGAAAGCUGCAAACCAUCCCGCGACAACAACAGCAAGCUCCGCAGUAGGCUCGACGUCUUCCCCUGCAUCGUCGUCGACGCCCGAUUCCCAGAGUGUGACGUCCAAGAUGUCGUCGGUGAACUCGCCGUCGAAACCGCCCAAGUUCAUGCGGCAGAUCAGCCUCGGCUUGAGGGGAUUCGGCAUCGCGGCGCCAAAGGUUGUGGCCGCCGAGGCUAGCUUUGAGACGGUCAAGGCCUCGACCGAGCAGAGCGUGGCGAGCCCCACGACGCCGUUGGUCAUGUCGACGAUGCCGCGGCCUUCAUCGCCGCAGAUCAUCAAGCCGGCCAUGUCCUCUUUCUCGCCCCAGCUGUUCCGGACGAACUCGAGGGACACGCUCAAGGACCUGCCCUCUACGCCGAGCAUACCCAUCAACAUGAAGUCGUCGCGCAGGGGCGAGAGCUCGGUGAGCCAGCAGCAUCGGUACGGCUCGGUCCUGCCGUCGUCGCUGGCGCGCAAAGACCACCUCCGCGAGGACCCCGACCAGAGAAACUCGCACGUCUUAAGGGCAGAGGACGACAACACCAAGAUGUUCAACAGCAAGCUGCGUGCUGGGGCCAUGCCUGAGUUGCCGUCUACGUUGUCGCCGACUACGGCGAUCUCGCCCUGGCUUACGGUUCUCAACCCGUCCAAUCCGGACCGGAACAAGCUCGAUGACACUGUGCUUUACAGCCGGUGGCAGCAUGUGUUCCCGAGAACCUCGGAGAUGAAAGUUAUGAAGUGGAAGGCGCUCUGCUGCCCGGCUGCCGUGCCGCUGACAACGGAGUACUUCCCCACGAAAGCACAGUUUGACAUGGAAUAUCAGCGACAGCCCUACGUGAUUGCGCAGAACGCCGACGACGAACUCAACGAAGAGCCAAAGUCAAGAGAGGAGUUCUUGCGCGAGCUGAUCAGCCUGCGUUUUUCCCAGGGCUUCCAAGUCGUCAUUGGUCCCUCCGUCGCGAAGGCCUUUGGCCAGAGGUUGCUACGAAUCGCCGACAUCUUCUCGCGCGACCAGGCGAUGGAGGACGGCACGAGCAUCUUCCUGUCGGUGGGCAACACGAUACACCAGCUCUCGUGCGUCAACGGCACGGAGGUCGAGGUCAAUAUCUACAUACGGAAGCCCGCCGAGUCGACUAUUGGAAGCUCCAACUCGGGCCCGCUGUACCGCCCUGCCAUCCGGACCCUGAUGGACAGCGGGUACCAGACGCAGGAGGUCGACAUAUCCACGCCGAGGCCGGAGAGAAACUGGAACUAUAUUGAUUCGUAUCUCGCGGGACACCACGACGAGAUGACGGAGAACCUGCGGUUCUGGCGCGCGCGGUUCGUGCUGAUUCCGAUGGUGUCCCGGUCGUCGGCGGUGCCUAGGAACCAGGCCGGCGACAACGCCGAGGAGGUUCGGUUGGAAGGCAUCAGGAGGCUGUCACUGUCCUGGCAGAAGCACCGGUAUAUCCCACCGUUUGAGCGCAGAUACCAGACCGCCAAGUCCAAGCGGGACCCCAACCCGUUGGACAUUGUCUACAAGACGGAAGACCCGUCCGUCGUCAUCGCGGCAGAGCUCGACAACUUGCCGCUGGUUGAGGGACUGGGAGAGAGCCGGAAGGGACAGCUCAUUUCGAGCCGGGAGCACUUCCGCAAGUCGAACCUCAACCUUGCGGCGUUGGCUGAGGCGAUACAGCAGCCCGUCGAGAACGGCGGCGUCAAGCUCCAGAACCGGAGAUGGCAUCUGCGACUACACUACAACUGUUUCAUCGGGUCGGACAUGACGACGUGGCUCAUGGACAACUUUGAGGACCUGGACAGCCGCGAGGAAGCGGAGCAGCUGGGCAACAUGCUCAUGGUCAAGACGUACGACAGAUUGGAUGACAAGAAGGACCGCGGCGGGCUGUUCGAGCACGUGGAGAAACGACACGCAUUCAGGGACGGGCAGUACUUUUACUCAAUCGCCAGCGAGUACGCCAAGCCGCACCCGCCGAGCUGGUUCAACGCGCGGCGGCGCGACAUGUCGGUGCCGUCGACGCCCAUGUCGGAGAACAUACCGCGCGACUCGCCCCGCCCGGGCAUGAUCUCGCGGCCGACGUCCAUCAACGAGGAAAACUCACCCAUCUCGGGGUCCACGACCCCGACGGCACACUCGGUCAUGCUCAACAAGAAGAUGCCCAAGGUGGUGCUCAGCAAGGUCAUCAAGUACGACGUGGACCACCGCAAGCGGUCGUACCGGCCCGAGCGCGUGGACCUGCACUACGACCGGCUGCACAACCCGGACAACUGCUACCACAUCCGCAUCGACUGGAUGAACGUUACGGCAAAGCUCAUCGAGGACGUCGUGGAGGGCUGGGCGCGGGAGGCGGCGACGUACGGGCUGCGGCUCGUCGAGGUGCCCAUCAAGGAGGCCUGCUCCAUCACGGAGGUGAACCCCUUCCGGCGGCCGUACGUCAUCAAGCUGUCGGUGCCGCCGCCGAGCCAGCAGCCGGUGACAUACUACGAGCCCAACUCGUUCGCGCCGCAGACGGCGCCGGGCAAGCACUUUUACCAAAAGGCCAUUAUGCGGAAGCUCGACUUCGUCCUCGACAUGGAGGCCGCGUCCAACUUUCCCCGAGACGUCGAGGUCAGCUACUCGUGGGGCCGGCCGGAUUUCAAGUACUCGCAGUACAUCCACCGGUCGGGCGUGCUGCUCGCCGAGAUCACGGACGACGGGCACUUUCUAGUCCUCGCCAACAGGUUGUUUAGCAACCGUGCCUCGGCGGCGCGGGAUAAGGAGCUCAAGGACAUGCGGGAGGCGAACGGCGGCGGCGGCGGCCCGAGCAACACCGUCGUCGAGCGCGGCGGGCGCAUCAUACCUGUCGGGUCGUACACGCCCUUUGGCAUCCCCGAGCCGACGCCGAUGAGCAGCCCGAUGGUGAAGCCCGUGUUCUACGCUGGCGGGAGUCCCGCAGUCCGGGCCUCGGACAUGAAGUCUGGCGUCAACAGCUCGACUGGCAUCGCAGGGUGUGGCGGCGGUGGCGGUGCGUCGGCGUUGGGCGCGGCGGCGGCGGACCCGAUACCGAUCCUGGAGCAGCUGGAGGCGUUUUGCAGCGACAAGGCCGGUCUGGAGGCGUUUUACAAGGAGACGCUGGAGAGGGGCCCGCCGCAGUCCAUGACGACGCCGGGGGCGAUGAGGCCGACGACGAUGGGGUUGGAGGCGGUGCCGGAGGCGAGCAUCCCGACGCUGGGGUUGCCUGCCGGGGUGCUGGGGGAUCUGCACGCCUCGGGGCCGGGAGGAGGGCCAUGGGGGCUGGAGACGCUGAGGGGAGGGCCUGGAGGAGGCGGAGGGCCGGAGGGUCUGAGGGGGUUAGGGGGCAGCCCGAGCCCCGGGCCGAGGAGUCUCAUGAGCAGUCCGGCGGCGGGGAUGCAGUUCCUCAGGAGGGCGAGUGUGCAGGACGGGCUGGGGCUGGGGGGCGGGGGGCCACGGAGGGAGGUUCGCGAGAGGGAGCGGGAGUGA